AUGGGAAGUCCGGGAUCAGGUGCGGCGGAUUGCACGGUUGGGUCUAUUGUGUGGGUCAGGAGGAGGAACGGCUCGUGGUGGCCGGGGAAGAUACUUGGACAAGAAGAUCUUGACUCUACCCAAAUCACUUCUCCACGAUCUGGAACUCCGGUGAAGCUCCUCGGGAGAGAAGAUGCAAGUGUGGAUUGGUACAAUUUAGAGAAAUCCAAGCGGGUCAAGCCAUUUCGGUGCGGCGAUUUUGAUGACUGCAUUGACAGGGUAGAAUCUACCCAGGGGUUGACAAUAAGAAAGAGAGAAAAGUAUGCUCGUAGAGAAGAUGCGAUUCUCCAUGCUCUUGAACUUGAAAAGGAAAUGCUGAAAAAGGAAGCGAAACUAGUCCCUGAAAAGCCUAAAGAUGACUCUCCUGAUGCAGCCAAGGAGAGAAUGGUUAUAGCUAGAGUUCAGGAUAUCUCUAAUGGGACACGAGAAUCCACUGAUAGUCUAGGGCUCAACCAUGUUGGUGGUGCUGUGCAUUUGCUAAAAGAUAAAGACGAAGGUCAGCCUAGUUGUGAGAACGACGUUGUGCCUCGAAUGAGAGGCUUGCAGGACUUUGGGCUAAGAACUGCUUCUUCAAAGCGAAGGUUUUCAUCUUCUAAUGGCCCUGAUACUUCCUUAAAGUCUCUGGCCAGAAGCAACUCUUCAGCUUCUUCUAGUGGAGAUCAUAGCAUGGAGAGGCCCAGUUAUACACUCGGAAAGGAGAACUCUAGGAGUACGAUGGAAGCUAAAAGGACUAAAUAUAUGACUACACCAAAUGAAUCUAAUAAUGUUUUAGACCUGCAUGAGAGUUUUCGAAGCCAUAGGGAGGCAAUGCAUUCCUCAUUUCCCGGUGGUGAUUCUCGCUAUACGCUUUCAGAAUAUGACCCUCCUGAGUUUUUGGAAGAUAAUGAAUCUGAGUCUGAUGAGUCUGAAACUGAUUCUUCUGAUAUGGAGGAGGAUACUGAUGAUGACAUUCCCUUGCUGUCAGGAUCUGGACGUCAUCCAGAACGACACAAUAAUUUUAGUAGACAUAUGUCAGCAGAAGAUGAAAGCACCAGCAGUGAGGAAGAUUGUUAUGAGUCAUCCAUUUCUGGCGACUCUUCGUACCUUUAUUCCCAAGAUCCUGAUAACGAAGCUGGCACGGUUUCCAAGUGGCAGCUCAAGGGAAAAAGAAACCUGCGCAAUCUUCCAAGAAGGUCUGCACGGAAGAGAGAAAUGCACCGUAAUCGCCUGGAAGAAGGAAGGUAUUGUGAGUAUAAGAGAAGGGCAUUUGGCCAAAAGCCUAUAGGUUAUGGUUUAGAUUAUAAUGGGGCAAAUGAUAUGAGUGAUGGAACUGAUGACACUAAUCCCAGCGAAAGGCAGUUCGGGGACAGAAUGUUUGGACCAGCUGAUGAUGAUUAUCAGCUCUCAACUAUGGCUGCAUCUGGAUACAAGAACAUCUACAGCCAUGACAUGCUGGACUGGGAAGAUGAUCCUUGGGAAGGUCCGAUUGGUGUGAAGAAGAGAUGGGAAGAAAAACUCGAAGGUUUAGGUCAGGAGUUUGAUGCUUCCCAUCGACAUUUUGGCAGAAAGAUGUAUUCUCCAUUGAUGGAUGUGGAUUUAGAAGUGCGAGGAAGCUAUCAGAAAGGGCCUGUCCCAAUAGUCUCCCUUAUGAGUAAGUUAAAUGGCAGGGCAAUAAUUGGACAUCCGGUCGAAAUCGAAGUCUUAGCAGAUGGUUCCUCUGAGUCAUACUUUGGCAAUGAAACAACUUACCAUGAGAAACCCUUUUUACUUCCCCCUGCUUGGAAGACUGCAAGAAGGAGUAAUUCACGGGUUCCACGGCUGCAUCCAAUGUCAUCAUCACUUGAAGCUGAUGAUGAGGAUCACUCUCCAGUAGAUCAGGGAAGAAGACCACCGCUUAAGAAACUCGGUUUAGGAAAUUUGAGUAGUGAUGAGAACUCUGUCAGGAGAAGCAAUCCAAUGCGCAUUCCACGACCACCUGGAAAGCAGCAGCAGCAGCAAAAGAAGUUGGUGAAGAACACAAACGCAAGCCCUAGUCAAAAGACAAGGACACUAUCGUCAUUCAGCGGCGAACAAGGGCACAACGGGAUGAAAGCGUUACGAGACCGGACACACGAGCUCUCUAACAGACGGGUAUUACCAGGACCACCAACCGUGGCCUGUAUACCGGUCAAACUAGUAUUUAGCAGAUUACUCGAGAAGAUAAAUAGACCGCCAUCAAAGCCAACCGCGAAAGCCUUUAACGAGAGAAGAAGAGAUCAAUAA